AUGUCCGUGUUCCGAAAAGAUGAGACGGAAAAGCUUGGCAUUCAAUUCAACGGGCUGCCUCCAGGUCCGCUCAGUGUGAAAAGCAUUGCGGAAGGGUCCUGUGGGGACAUUCGAGGAAUCGAGGAGGAUGAUGUUUUGCUACAGGUUGGGAAUGAAAACCUACAGUCCCUUGACGAUUUGACUGGAGACGCUUUCAAAGCCUUCCUGAAGGCAAGGCCUGUACAGAUGGUGUUCGAAAGCAACAAGGACCCUUAUUUAGCCUAUGCUGAUUCUAGCGUUGCGAAACUUGGGAUUACCUUCAAUGGAAUGCCACCAGGCCAGCUUCGUGUGAAGUCAGUCGCAAGCGGAGAAUUCGGAUCACAACAAGGAGUUCAUGAAGGGGAUGUGCUUCUUCGUGUUGGCAAAACUGAUUUGGUCAGCUUGGAAGGAUUGAGUGCAGAGGACUUUAAGAGCUUUCUCAAGGAUCGUCCGUUGCGUUUGGAGUUCACAUCGGCUGCACCAACCCCAGCACACAGUCAAGCGGCAACUCCAAGAAGGGAGAAUGAUCACGUGGCAGAAGAAAAAGAGAGUGACCUGCUAGAGGGUGAACUGUACGAGGUUGUUGCUGACGAGACAGUGAACAAGAUGGGCGUGGCCUUUCAUGGAAUGCCACCAGGCCAGCUUCGUGUCAAGUCUGUUGCAGACGGAGAAUUUAUGGCACAGCAAGGAGUGAACGAAGGGGAUGUGCUUCUUCGCGUUGGCAAAACUGAUUUGGUCAGCUUGGAAGGCUUGAGUCCAGAGGACUGCAAGAGCUAUUUGAAGGAUCGUCCGUUGCGUUUAGAGUUCAAGUCGGCUGGCCCAUCCCCACCACACAGUCCAGCGGCAACUCCGAGAGGAAACGAAGGAGAACAUAAAGCAGCAGCGGCAGAAGGACAGGAGAGCAAGCAGCAAGAGGGCCUUUAUGAGAUUGUGGCAGAUGCCACAGUAAGCAAGAUGGGAAUAUCCUUUAAUGGACUGCCACCAGGCCAACUUCGUGUCAAGUCUGUUGCAAGUGGAGAAUUCGGUUCACAACAAGGAGUUCAUGAAGGGGAUGUGCUUCUUCGUGUUGGCAAGACUGAUUUGGUCAGCUUGGAAGGAUUGAGUGCAGAGGACUUUAAGAGCUUUCUCAAGGAUCGUCCGUUGCGUUUGGAGUUCACAUCGGCUGCACCAACCCCAGCACACAGUCAAGCGGCAACUCCAAGAGCAAAGGAAGUGAGCGAUGACGAUCGGAAGGCAGGAGAUGCAGCAAGACACACGGCGGAGCCAGCUGUGGCUCAGGCACAGUCCAGAUUGGAGGAACAAGCAGAAGCCAAUGACCACCAAAAGACAACGGACACUGCGCCGGUCAUUGCAAGAGAGAGCUCAGAAACGAAAGACGCAGAAGCUUGUGAAGCAUCAAAUGCAAGGCCGACAGGGCCGACAGCGGACAUUUUGCGCAAAGAAACCCAGGAUAAGGAUGACAAAACAACAGAAGAAAAAGGCAGCACUGAACCUCCAGCAGCAUCAAAUGUCAGUGAACCAGAACCUGCUCCCCUUCAUGCCAAGGCAGCAGAUGAGUCUGAGGCGCAAUCUGGUGAGAAGGAACUUGAAGCGAUGCAGGGCCAGCAUGCGGAGGAUGACAAGCUUGCGAUUGCACAAGAAAACAUUUCUGAAGAAAGGAAAAGUAGCAUUGUUCAAGCGUCAAGCACUGAAGGGCCUGAUGCAGGAAUUGUUUCCGCUGCAGAGCCAGCAGAGGAAAGCUGUGACAAGCAGAGUCCAGAAGACCGACCUGCUGCUGCGAUAGAGAGCAGUUUGAAAAACAGCGACGGCGUUGAAGCCGCGAGCAAGGCAGCGCCUCACGCAGAAGUUGUUACCACCCCAAAGUCAGUCGCGAGAAAGGAAGGAGAAAACGAUGGCGAUGAGAGACCGAAAGACCAGCCUGCUGCUGCAAUGGCAAGUAGUUUGGACAGUAGUGACGCUUUGGAAACGCUGAAGGCAGUAGAGCCAGAUGCAAAAGCUGGAUCCGCCGAGAAGUCAGCAGAGGAAAAAGCGGGAGAAGACAAUGGUGAGCAGGGGCAGAAGGACCAGCCUCCUGUUGCCAUCGACAGAAGUUUGCAAAGCAGCACCACUGUUGAAGCGUUAAAUUCGGCAGACCCAGAUGCUGAAGUUGUUUCUGUCCCAAAGUCGAAAGAGGAGAAAGCAGUAGACAACGACCAGGGGCAGAAACAAGAAGAUCAGCCGGCCGCUGCAAAAGAGAGUGGCGUUGAAGUUGCGAAAAGUGCUCAAACCAUUGAAGGGUCAAAAUCCAGCGCAAACGAAGAAGGAGGGAAGAGAGAGGCAAACACCACUGAUCCAUUGGAAGCGAGCUAUGCAGCUGACAAGACGCUUGUUCCCGAGGAUCCCCAAAGCUUGAUUCUGAGCCUACGCCUUCAACUUGAAGAGGCCCAAACAGCUCUUGCAGAAGCAUCUGCGGCACUUACAGAGGGCAAAGGAUCGGCUCUUGGGAAUUCGUCGGAGCUGCACAUGCAACUUGCAGAGGCGCUGGGCGAACGAGAGCGCUUGACGAACGAGCUGGGAAAGGAGCAAGCGUUGCGGAAGCAAGCCAUUGACGAGUUGGAGAGGAGGAAAGCCAUGCCGCUACCGGUGCGACAGGCGCAGCAACUGGAAAGAGACCUGCAAGCAUCGGAACUUGCUCUCCGUGGCCUGCAGCGAAAGGCAGAGAAGGAACGCCGUAUUCUCGCAGCGCCUCCAGCUGAAUCGCAGCUGCUUCGCACAGAGUACAAGGCUGAAAUAGCUGCAGCAAAGCGAUACCGCGCAGCUUCUAGACAGCCACCGGCACCUCCGGAGCCCACAUCUUUGCAGCGUGCAGAGGCAGCAGCAGCCAGAGGAAUGUGGCGGCUAGAGCAGAAAGAGGCUUCAAGAUCUUCAAAACCUUCCAGGCCAAGGCUUGGGCGCUAG